UCGAAAGCACGAUGGAUCACGCGGCGGAUGCACACCGGACGGAUUUGAUGACGAUAACAAGGUUUGUGUUGAAUGAGCAGACGAAGCACCCUGAAUCCCGUGGAGACUUCAGUAUUUUGCUCAGUCACAUUGUUCUUGGCUGCAAGUUCGUAUGCACUGCUGUUAACAAGGCAGGUUUAGCCAAACUUCUAGGACUUGCUGGUGAGACUAAUGUGCAGGGAGAAGAUCAAAAGAAACUUGAUGUACUCUCAAAUGAAGUGUUUAUCAAGGCUUUGGUUAGCAGUGGCCGAACAUGCAUUCUUGUCUCUGAAGAAGAUGAAGAAGCCACAUUUGUGGAGCCAGCUAACCGUGGAAAAUACUGUGUAGUUUUUGAUCCUCUGGAUGGAUCAUCGAACAUCGAUUGUGGUGUUUCUAUUGGAACGAUCUUUGGAAUUUACAUGAUCAAAGACGGUCAUGAACCAACACUAGAUGAUGUCUUGCAACCUGGGAUGAACAUGUUAGCUGCUGGUUACUGCAUGUAUGGAAGUUCUUGUACGCUAGUUUUGAGCACUGGAUCUGGAGUUAAUGGUUUUACCCUUGAUCCCUCUCUUGGCGAGUUCAUCCUAACUCAUCCUGACAUCAAGAUUCCUAAGAAAGGGAAGAUUUAUUCAGUGAAUGAAGGAAAUGCCAAGAACUGGGACGGUCCAACAUCCAAAUAUGUGCAGAGCUGCAAGUAUCCCGCUGAUGGUUCUUCACCAAAAUCUUUGAGAUAUAUUGGAAGUAUGGUUGCUGAUGUUCAUCGUACAUUACUCUAUGGAGGCAUCUUCUUGUACCCCGGUGAUAAGAAAAGCCCCAACGGGAAGCUGAGGGUUCUCUAUGAAGUAUUUCCCAUGUCAUUUCUGAUGGAACAAGCAGGAGGCCAAGCAUUUACUGGGAAGCAACGGGCACUUGACUUAGUUCCAGAGAAGAUACACGAACGCUCUCCUAUAUUUCUUGGUAGUUAUGAUGACGUUGAGGAGAUCAAAAAGCUCUACGCUGCUGAAGAGCAAAACUGAUAGAUGUAUCUAUACCAUGUAAUCACUUCACUACUCUUGCUGGUGCAGAUAUCAAAUUUCUCAAAUUACAGCAAGUUGUUACUGUUUAUGUUGCACAAUAGCUGCUGUGACGCGAUAAUACGUUCACAUUACUGGUUGUUCUAACUUUUUGUCUUGAAGUAUCUAUUUCUCAUCAACAAUAAAAUGUUGAAUAGAGAAGUUCUGGCUUAUUAUUG